CCCCUCUGUCUUCUCUUGCCUGAUCCUGCAACCUGCAAUUCUAUAACCUCAUCUCAUACAGUCGUAAAGAUAGGAUCUCAAUCUGUAUCUCUCUUCCCUCCUCUCUAUUUGUGUGGCAGUGGGAGUGAGUUUGAGAAACCCAAUGGUGCUAUAUGGACCAACUACCCAUUACAAGACUAGUAACCUCUCCCUCUUUUUUUCUGCCAAAACCUUUAACGCAGAAAGGAGAAGAGGAGGAGGAGUAGGUGGAAGAAGAAGAAGAGAUGGUAUGGUGGUUCAAAAUCAAAUAGUGUCGUUCGAGGAAGGAGAGUUGGAGAGGCCGAGGUGGGCAGGGGAGACGCCUUUGUCACGGUUAGUUGGAGCACUCAUUUCCUUCAAGCCACUCUAUUCCAUCCUCAAGCUCGGUGCCCGACAGGUUCUCAUCAGGAAGAACAGAACGGCUGAGGAAUCAAACAUUCCAUGGCGAGAAAUGACGAGAGAGAUUAUGGAAUCGCAAGUUUAUAAGGAGAUGGACAGCAUCCAAGACCCUUCCAUCGUUUAUCCCGACUAUUAUGUAAACCCAUUCCAUGCAUAUGAUGAGGGAAACUUGUCAUGGCUGGCUGCAGCAGAAGCAGAAGCUGCAACUUUGUCAAUGGUGAAACGAGCGAUACCUUAUGCUUCUUCCUUGGAUGAAGCAAAUCAAAUAUUGCGUGGAAAUUGGCUUCAAGCAAUUGAACAACAUCAUUUACAAUACUCUGGAGGUUCCAUGAUCAAGGAUAUUUUAGAUGUUGGAUGCUCUGUUGGUGUUAGCACAAGAUUUCUUGCUGACAAGUUUCCUGAAGCUAACGUCACUGGACUAGAUCUAUCACCUUACUUUCUUUCUGUAGCUCAACACAAGGAAAAGCAAAAAACCCCACGAAAGAACCCAAUCAAAUGGUUCCAUGCAAAUGGUGAAAACACAGACUUGCCGUCCAAAUCGUUUGAUGUUGUCUCACUUGCUUUUGUGGUAUGUUUUAUCCUGUUAACAGAUGUUGUUCAAUCUAGGAAUACUACUUCUAAUAUAGUGUCAGUAUCCUAUUUCUCAAGUAAAAUUGAUAUUCAGAAAAAGAAUAAAGUUCUUCAUGGCGGACUGAAGAGCUGCGGGGCUAGAAAUCUAGAAGUCCUUUUCUUCAUAUUGAUCUCGAUUUCGUUGACAGAAAUCUCUACUUCUCUGGUUUCGAUCAUGAAGCAAGAAAAAGAAGAGAAGAAACCUAGUCAGUUGGAAGGUCAUGGAGGCAAAGGAGAGGAUGAGGAAACUGAAGCCAUUGAACUUUUACUCUUUCAAGUUCCUGAAUGUUACGUUUAUUUGAUUCCACCACGGAAAAGUGCGGCUUCCUACAGGGCUGAUGAAUGGAAUGUUAACAAAUGGGUAUGGGAGGGGACAUUGAAGGUUAUUAGCAAGGGCGAGGAGUGCAUUAUCAGGCUUGAGGACAAGACAACAGGAGAGCUUUAUGCUUGUGCAUUUCUGAGAAAUGGAGAGCCACAUCCUGUUGAAACUGUAAUCGACAGCAGUAGAUAUUUCGUGCUACGAGUAGAAGAGAAUAUUGGUGGUCGUCUUCGGCAUGCUUUCAUUGGUAUUGGGUUCAGAGAGAGGCCGCAAGCCUAUGAUUUUCAAGCUGCCCUUCAUGACCAUAUGAAAUAUCUGAACAAAAAGAAAACUGCUGAGGAAAUGGAGCAGCACUACCAGCAAACCUCUUCAGUUGAUUACAGUCUAAAAGAAGGGGAAACUCUGGUACUCCAAAUAAAGAAUCCAAAAGGAGGUCGCACUGUCAAAUCCACAUUCUUUGAGCAGGAUCUCAAUAAUCUCUCAUUGGAUGAAAAAGAAAGCAGAAGAGAGUCCAUGAUUUGUCUCAAGCCACCACCUCCUCCACCGGCACCACUUUCACCUGUUAAUGUUGUUCGGAGUAAUUCAAAUGUGCCACCAAACUCCUGUCUUGAAGGAACCAACAAGGAAGAGGUUCUCCACUCUUCAGAAGAACAUCAGCCAAAAGAACCAUAUUCUCUUGAGAGCCCACAAGAAAUCCCAGAAGACGACUUUGGUGAUUUUCAGACAGCAGUCUGAUUUUGGUUCUGAAAGUAAGCUGAUCUUCUUCAAAAGCUAUGGGUGGUUGCAUGUUUCAAGCCAGCAGGUGAAUGAGCUGGUUUUGGUUGAUGGACCUAUAAAUUGUUUCGUGAUCAUAUGCUUAUUAGCCUGGUAAAUAUUAUAUCUUUGAAUCACCUUUAAAGAUCAAAUUGUGUACAUUUUGUAAUAUAGUCAAAUUGCCUUUUGAAGGCUUUAUGGGUCA